CACUCCUCCCUCUGCUCUACAAAUCUCGAGCCCCGGAGCAGCAUCCUGCCCUCGUUGAAGUCUGCGCCCUCCAAUGGAAUCGGUUCAUGAGAGUGCACCAGCUGCUAAGAUACUUGUUGGAGUCUCGCUUGAUGCCCGAGCGAGCUCACAGCUUCUCUCAUGGGCAGUCACAGUAGCCGCUCGACCAAAUGACACAGUUAUCGCUUUGCAUGUUCUUGCAGUUCGGAAAGCAGAGAAGAGGCUGAAGUCGGAGAGAAGUAGUUUGCGACAGGCUCAGGCAUCUGUGAUCUCUGCUGUUGGGGAGUUCGCUGGAGUCUGCCAAACUAAGCGGGUGAAGUUGGAGGCAAAGGUCAGGACUUGUUCGAGCGUUGGAGAAGGACUUGCCGACGAAGCGGCACUGGUUGAGGCCAACCUUCUUGUUCUCCGCAGAAACUCAUUUGAAAUAGUGAGAUAUUGCCUCAAGAAUGCUCCUGAAGGCUGCUCCAUUGUUGGUGUGGAUGUGGAUGUGGAUGUGGAUGUGCAAGCUCUGCCUAGAAAAGAUGGUGAUGUAGACUCCUUAACAUACGAUGAUAACAACAGUUCCUCGAGCUCGAGAUUGACAUACAAAGAUAACAACAACAACAUGGUUAAUGCUCUCUCCCCGCUGCGCAAGUUCUUUGGAUCAACUUCCAAGAGAGAAAGAAGGCACUCUUCGAGCGAAAGCAUUUGUGAGAAGGAAUCACCUAGAGGAGUUCUGGAAGGGCCAGAGGCAGCGAGCACCCCCGCAGACGACUGCUCGAGUUCGUCAAGCAGUGUCGUCGGCCGACGUAGCCACACCAACAACUGGAGGCGGCUAUCUGUGGCGAGGCUGUUCUUUCCUUUGCCUCCCUCGCCGGAGGACUCGAUAAGCAUGGAGGGUGAUGCAUGUUCAUCCUACGCUGAGGAGGUGAAGCCUUCCUGGAGGUGCUUUUCCUACGAGGAGAUCUCGCGCGCUACAAACAAGUUCCAUCCGGACAACUUGGUGGGGAGAGGUGGAUUCGCGGAGGUGUUCAAGGGAAGCCUUCGCAGUGGCCAGAAUGUAGCAGUAAAAAGGUUGGCCAAAGGCGAAGGGGACCAGCUGAAGGAGAAGGAGUUCCUGGUCGAGCUCGGCAUUCUUGGGCAUGUUCGGCAUCCAAACACAGCCAACUUGAUCGGGUGCUGCAUCGAGAACGGGCUUCAUCUGGUCUUCGAUUUGUCUUGCAAUGGAAGCUUGGCAUCAGCUCUGCACAGUAAACAUGGCAGGGUUUUGGAGUGGUCGGCGAGGUACAAGAUCGCCAUAGGUAUAGCCCGAGGCUUGCAUUACCUUCACAAAUGCUGCAGGCACCGGAUCAUCCACCGCGAUAUCAAGGCUUCCAAUGUUCUUCUUGGCGCAGACUUUGAACCCCAGAUUUCAGAUUUUGGACUAGCAAAAUGGCUUCCAAAACAAUGGACUCAUCACUCUGUCAUCCCAAUAGAGGGCACGUUUGGGUAUCUGGCACCGGAGUACUUCAUGCAUGGGAUAGUCGAUGAGAAGACCGAUGUCUUUUCAUUUGGUGUUCUACUGUUGGAGAUUGUUACUGGCAGGAGGCCGGCGGACACCUCAAAGCAGAGCCUGCUUGUGUGGGCCAAGCCACUGAUGCAGUCUGGAAGAAUAGCUGAGCUAGCUGAUCCCAAGCUGGAAGGUAAGUACGACAUGGAUCAGAUGCAAAGAUUAGUGGUCACUGCCUCAUACUGUGUGAGACAAUCAUCGAUUUGGCGUCCACCCAUGAGUAAGGUGUUGGGUCUCCUAACUAAUGACCGUGAUUCAGUGGAAGCACAGAUACGGAGUAUUCCUGAAUGCCAGGUUGAUGAGAUGGAUGAUUACAAUUUGGCUACAGAUUGUUCCCUCGACUACUAGCCAUCUGUUUUGGACUAUGAUGGAAUUUUGUGUGUUGUGUUUUCUUUUUCUUGGAGUUUCUUUCUUAGGUUUUAGAGAUUGUCAUGUAAUUAUUAUUGAAUCAAUGUUGUACUGAUCGUCUCUUUUAUGAUGAGCAUAGUUUUGAGCUUUA